AUGUUGGUUUCAACGCUGGUGUACAUGAAGUUGAAACCACCCUUCACGCAUACGACGCCGGGUCCUACUUGUGGACGAGCCGUCGACGAGGCACUCACGCUCGGCUGCCGGUGGGAUGGACUGGCGCACAUGUGGCUACCCCGGCACUGUUCUUCUGCCAGACACGACGAAAUCACCGAGAACCUGGGUGGCGAGCCGAGCUAUACGGCGUGGGAUGCGGCGCGGACCAUCGAUCUGAGGCGGGUGCCUAGCGGAGAGAAAUACCACACCACCGGAAGGGAGGACACAGCCCACUGCGCGUUCAACAUGCUGCGGCUGGUGGACCAGAUUUGCGGCCAGGGGCACUUUGGAUCGAGCGUGACGACUCCAGAACAUGUCGAGCACUGCAUCUACCUGCUUCUCAAUAUGACUCGGGCCGAUCCAAGGCAAUGGGAGCAAGGGCUGGUCAAGGGCUCGGCGGCCUUCGGUGGAGAUUGUGCUUACGCUCAGUGA